CAGAUUUUUUACGAGUCAAAAUGGUGGACCAACUCGGUUUCUUCUCUGUUGAAGCUACGUCGAGCUCCGAAUCUGACGACGAAGAAGAAGAUAGAGAAGAGAGAGAGGCGUCAACAAAAGGAGAUAAAGAGAAAUCAACUGAGGUUGGUGACCAUUCCAAUUCGGAUGUUUCAGGUCAUUCCCAAGACGAUGAUGGCAAACUCCCGUCGCCUGACACGCUCUUUAAGACCGUUAAAUGUCCGGAAUUUCUUAAGACGACAAACGACAUUGAUUGGUACGACAUGAUUAUGAAACGAGACCACGACUCGGAUGCAUUCUACGCUCUCUCGUCCGUUCCUCCUCCUCCUUCUCUCGCAUCAGAGCCAAUUCGCUAUUCAAGCGGAGACAAAAGACCACAGAGCGUUUUAGAUAACCUCGAGGAGGAAAAAGUUAACCCAGAGGUGGAGAACAAGCCCAAGAAAGAGAAGACAACGACAUCGAAGGAGGAAAGCUUCAAGAAGAAAGAAAAGCGGAAACGAGACCUUGGUCAGGCAUCUCGAGGAAAGAACUACGUGGAAGAAGAGAAACGGAUUCUUAGAGAGGGAUACAGUAGUGGUGCAGGAUUAGGUUUCGACUAAACAACUUGAUAAUUUUAAUUUCUAAUUCGUAGACAUAGACUACCUCACAAUGUGCUUAAACCGAAAAACGAAAACUACACACAAUGGACUGUACUCGACAUCUCGGCUGCUCCAUUUCCAUUCCGAUG